GCCGUGUGUCCCUCCGCGUUGGGUCUGAGCUGAAGAAGACUGCAGAGGUUUUAUAAUAGAACAUAACUUUGGCUGUGUAGAAACUCAGAGGCAGUAUGGCCACUCCAGGAAAGCAGAGCAAGAAGGACAACAAAAGGCCAAUUCAAGCGAAGACCUCCUUCACCUCACCCUUCACCCCGCAGUGGACCUCACUUCCUCAAGAAGACAUGCACUUCAUCCUGAAAACCUUAAAGGAGAAACUGGUCUCCACAGGUCUUGAGAAGAAAGAGGUGAAAGUGUUUCGCCCAUGGAGGAAAAAGAAAGACCGAACACCCUCAGCCACGUCAGAGCCAGUUCCAGAGGUGAGCCAGGAUCCACAGGUACACGAUUCAUCUCCGAAACCCGGCUGGACAGAUGUGGCGGCCAGAAGACAACUGGCCAUUGGCAUCAAUGAGGUCACCAAAGCUCUGGAGAGGAAUGAACUCAAACUGGUGCUCGUGUGCAAGUCCGUGAAACCGAACUACAUGACGAGCCACCUGAUCCCAUUGAGUGCAACAAGAGGUGUGCCGGCCUGCCAGGUGCCCCGGCUGAGCCAGAGCGUGUCGGAGCCGCUGGGGCUGAAAAGCGUUCUGGCCCUGGGGUUCAGGCAGUGCGCCUCCAAAGACGACGAGCUCUUCACCGACACCGUAGAUGCCAUUACACCCAGAGUGCCUUCACUGGAUGUUUCAUGGCUACAAGGUGCGGCAGCCGGCGUGAUGCCCGAGCGUCCUGAUGACUUGCAGGAGGAAGAUGGAGAGAAGAGGGGCACGAAAAGGAAACUGGAGAGUGAAUCUGAGGUCACAGAGUCCGCCUCGUCCUGCACUCUGCAAACUCUCAAAGUGAAAAAAAUUGUAACUAACCCCACAAAGAAAAGAAAAAGUAAGCUUAAGUCAUAGCUUAAGUCAAAGGAAGUAGACACUGCCUAGAUAUUUAAAGGAACAUUCCUGUGUUUUUUGCCUAUUCCUAUUUUGCCUUUGUCACCCGUUAAAAUGAGUGGUCUUUUUCCUCCUCCUUUUAAGGGAU